ACAUCUAAUGUAGCAUUCACACUUCACAGUAUGAAGUAAUCUUACUAAUACAUAUAGAAGGCUGACAGUUCAUAUAUAUACUAUAUAUCAUACUUGAAGAGUUGAAGUUCUAGGACUAGAAAUGGCCAAGUUUUUGGCUUGCCUGUUAUAUGUCUCGGCUAUAUGUGUGGUGGCGGCUAGUGUAAGUGCCCACGACAGUUGGUACUCCGUUUAUGCGUCUCCACCACCAAAACGGUAUGGAUACACUUCACCCUCACCUCGGUACAUUUAUAAAUCUCCUCCACCACCACCGAAACACUAUUCAUAUAAAUCACCACCACCUCCGUAUAAAUAUAAAUCACCACCACCACCAUCACCCUCACCACCUCCUCCAUAUAUUUAUAAAUCACCACCACCACCAUCCCCCUCCCCUCCGCCUCCUUAUGUUUAUAAAUCUCCUCCACCUCCGUCCCCGUCACCACCUCCACCAUACAUUUAUAAGUCCCCACCUCCUCCUUCCCUCUCACCACCUCCUCCUUCCCUGUCACCACCUCCUCCAUACAUUUAUAAAUCACCGCCACCACCAUCCCCUUCACCACCACCACCGCCAUCACCAUCACCACCACCUCCAUAUAUUUAUAAAUCACCACCACCACCAUCACCCUCCCCUCCGCCUCCUUAUAUUUACAAAUCUCCUCCACCUCCAUCCCCGUCACCACCCCCACCAUACAUUUACAAGUCCCCACCUCCUCCUUCCCCUUCACCACCUCCUCCAUACAUUUAUAAAUCCCCACCACCACCAUCCCCCUCUCCCCCACCACCUUAUAUCUACAAAUCUCCACCACCACCAUCCUCAUCCCCACCUCCUCCAUACAUCUACAAAUCACCACCUCCUCCAUCCCCGUCACCCCCUCCUCCAUAUAUUUAUAAAUCGCCCCCACCACCAUCUCCUUCUCCUCCACCGCCUCCAUCCCCAUCACCACCUCCUCCAUAUAUUUAUAAAUCACCACCACCACCAUCCCCUUCUCCUCCACCACCUUAUAUCUACAAAUCUCCACCACCUCCAUCCCCAUCCCCACCCCCUCCUUACAUUUAUAAAUCACCACCCCCACCAUCACCGUCUCCUCCACCUCCUUAUAUCUACAAAUCUCCACCACCUCCUCCCUACUUUUAUAAAUCAUCACCCUCACCUUCUCCGUCUCUUCCACCUUACAUCUACGAAUCUUCACCAUCUGCGUCUCCUCCACCUUACAUCUACGAAUCUUCACCAAUACCAUCACCAUCACUAGCACCUGAGUAUGUCUUCAACUUGUCACCAUCCCCGGCUCCAUCUCCAUCAAGCACUCCAGACUACUACUAAACUUCUCCACCAACUCCUGAUGGUUAUUAAUUAUCCAAAUCAAGUAAUCCCAAGUAAAUUAUUUAAACAAAUGUAUCUGCCAUGUUGUUUUGCCACACAACGAAAGAUAGAUUAAUGAUUAUGAGAUUCUCAUAUAUCAAAGCUCGCUUCUACUGUAUUGGAUUUCUAAAUUGUUGUUUCCUCUUCAUUGUUGCACAUUCAUUCAAUUUUACUUAAUGUUUAAGUUCCA